CGUUCGUUACUUUACAGUUAUGUUUCCGGGGAUGUGACAUGCGUGGCAAUUUGGAAGAAGGCUGAUAGGCCACUUAAAAUGCCGAUGGACGUGCCCCACCUAAGAUGCUGGUGACCCCUUUGUGCCCCCACCAGUAAAAUCCUAGCAAGGCCACGUGGUAAAGGCAUGUUAAAGGCUCCUGUAUUCCACAGGUCGUCUUUCAGUCCAGGCACCACCACGAAUUUCAUAGCACUAGAGCUUCGUAAUCAUGUCGAUGCUCUGGGUAAUUUAUGCACCCUAUAUAGCUAGUCUGAAACUACCCCAAAGAAAGAUUGCGACAGGUGCUUUCAAACUGUGUGUGGUAUAUUCGUGUGCUUUUAGCUUGAUUUUUGUAGACUCAAGAUGUUCGAAGGUCUCAGUCCAUAGGGUCUCUUGUGCCUGUCGGAUAUUCCGGCCCUGGUCUUUUCUCAUUAUGCCCGUGCUUAGGCCGUGUGCGAAACGGGCUUCCAGAGCUACGGCAAGGUCUAUUGUCUAUGUAUCUUCACGCAUUUCGAAUGGAGCGAAGACCUAGACCUAGCUCUAGACAACAGUAUCUGUUUUUCGUCAUUUUGCACAGGUACCCAGUGACUGUUUACAGUGAUGUCCACAUGCUGGGUUAUCUGCUCCACCAGCAGUAUCAGAAUAACCCACAACAGUGGGCCAGUGACGAGUGUACGAGAUGGGACGCUCAGGAGGACCUGUCCAACGACAACAAUGGCGUACCGUCCUUUCUGUCCAGUGUACCGGCGUGUCCCUGCACGCUGCAGCAGGCCCGGCUGGACCCCAGCCGCUUCUUGGAGCAGCGGGGCGGCUGCGCGGUGAACGCCAACGCCCAAUCCUGCACGCGGGAGGGGGCCAGCAACCGAAUCUGCUUCCUCAGCACCUACUCAGCAUAUGGUGCUGAAUGUUGCUACGACGUCACCAACAACAACCUGGUCUUCUCGCUGGACGACCCGACGGGUGGCUCCUCGGACAAGGCGGCUCUGCUCGGCCUGUCUCCGUACAAUCAGGCCGGCUCUAUCCCCUUCCUUUCCCACUGGGGCGUGGAUGUCAUGCCAUACCAUCUGUGCUGCCGCUGGUCUGGACCCGAGCAGUGCCGGCGGUACUUGGAGAACCGACGGUCGAAAGGCUGCGCCGAGUACCCACACCGAGAUUCGGCAUUGAUCUUCGGCGAUCCCCACUUCAUCACCUUUGACCAAAGGCGCUUCACCUUCAACGGCAUCGGGGAGUACCGGGUGAUGGAGGUGUCGGGCUCGGACUUCAAGCUGUACGGAAGGACCACGGUGGCGACGGACAGCAGACGCGAUGAUGCCAUGGUUGCGAGCUUCCUGAACGCCGUCGCCAUGCAGGAAACCGGAAGUGACGUGGUCCACGUCGAGCUGGGUUACCAGAGGCCGCUGAACAUCUACUAUGACCAGGGCAAUGGCUUCAGACAACCCGACAUGUUCUUGAACGGCAACGCCUAUGACCCACUGUUCCUCAAAGGGGUCACGGUGCAUUUCAGUUCAGACUUCAGGCAGAUUCUAGUCGCCUUCCAAAGCUCAAAAGUAGUGGUGGUGGUUCAGGCUUUCACCUACGGCAUCUCCGCCGAGGUCAUCGCGGUCAAUGCGGACUUCCCCGGAACCGCUGCGGUCACGGGUCUGCUGGGUGACAUGAAUGGCGACCCCAACGAUGAUAUCAAGGGGACGAACGGUGCACUCUAUGAAGGAAAUGAUCCAGAGACACUGUUUGCGGUGGUGAAAGAAUGGACCACCUCGGGUAAUACCAUAUUCCACAACCACCCGGCUCUGAACAGCGAGGACUACCAGAACGCCUCCUUCGUUCCAGUCCUAGUCACCCCGGACCCCAGCAGCCUGGACCCGAUCAUUGCCAACCAGCUGGAGGCGACUUGUCGCGGCCUGCAGGAGUGCCUGUACGACAUGUCGGUCACCCAGACGGUGGUGGCCGGGCAGGAUUGUUACAAGGAAAACGCCGACUACGAGGAAGUCAGGAGUAAUGUGCUGAAAAAAGUGGAAACCUGUUCAUACAUACCUAGCCCCUAUAACGGGCAAGUAGCGUACUCAGACGAUUUCAAGAAGAACGCAGUGGGGACCUCCGUCACGUUCUCGUGCGGCAACCCCAAAGCGAUUCUCAUCGGCCCGCAGACCAGAGAGUGCCAGAGCGGAGCGACGUGGUCGAACGCCGAAAUGCCUGUCUGCACAGAAACAAACUGCAACACCAACGAUUUUAAGGGUGCAGAUGUCAUAGAGACGGGACGCGACCAAGAAGGCAACCUGCGGGUUGUGUUUGGCUGUCCUGGCACCACGGUGGAGUACACCUUGACCUGCAAAGGGGGAGAGUGGCAAGGGGGAGGCCCCAUCGAUUGCUCGACUGGGGGCGCUGUGGGGCUGAGCGGAGGGGCGAUCGCUGGGGUCGUCAUCGGCUGCCUCCUGGGCGUGGUGCUGAUCGCGGUGCUGGUGUUGUUUGUGCUGCGUCGGCGAGAGACCGGCGUCAAGGACUUGGAGAACACAGGGACGAAAGUCAACGCGCCGGCCGAUAAUUGGGGCAUGGAUGCAGAGGCGAGAGACGCAGCGGCCUCCAUAGGCACCAAUUUGAAACAUGCUAGGGAAGUAUAAAGGCUAAAAAUGGCAAGUUGAAGUAGUCGUCGGAAAUGUGACACUCAUCUUAAUGUACAAAAAUAUGGAUUUUCUAUCGACCAGUAGGAGUGUAGUCACUGUCCUGCAUGCUGGGUGUUCUUGAGUUGCUUCCACGAGUUGACUCGGGUUCAACCUCGUCUCCACCGUCUUGCCUGUGUAACACACAGCCUGCACACCUAUCCCACCUCAGAAUUGCCCAAAGGAAGCUACUCGAACGCAUUACCACUCCACGAAUAGUACAUGUACACUGCCGGAUAAUUAUUCGAUGAAGGGAGCUGUUGAUGCUGGUUCCCUCCGCGCAUUUUAACGAAGGGAUCGGGAACCAGUGGGUAUCCUUACUCGUUUGUACAGUUUGGAAUGGCCAAUGGAAGUUCUGGAAAUUUUUAGUAGGGGAUCAUUGAUUUGUACUAGAAAGCACUGUCAAGAAAGCAAGGUUUUUUUUAUAGAAGUGCGAAAUCACAAUGGGCAUUGCUAAGUUGAAUUUCAGUAAAUCAGUUCAUUUGUUUAUUUGAUGUUUGUGUCAGAUGUCACCUGCAUUUGGUGACAGAAAUUAGCAUUCCAUUGUCUUCCAAGCUAUGCAAAUAAACCAAUUCGUGCACUCUGUGCUGGGGGGUGCAGCCAGACGGUGCUGUCUAAAUACCAUAUUUCUGUGUUUCUUUGAGUAGGUUUUUGUAGCAUUACACUUUCAUGCUUACCCGUGGUCAUGCCUUUUGGAUUAGUCAUGACGAAAGAAUUCAGGCUCCAUUUGUAGAAAAUAACGGAGAGAGAACCGUAGUUCAGAGAACGGACGGUUCACUAUAGUGCGCCUCCAAGAAUUUGUAACGCGUUGGCCAAUCACAGUGCACGGAAUUUGUCGACCCAGUGCACUUUUGGAAAUGGUCGAAUAAUGUCGCGAGUUGUGAUUGGCCAACGCAUUGCAAUCUCUUGGAGGCGCACUAUAGUGAAUCACCCAUAUUUAGAUGAAAUGCUUACUCAAAGUUUUCUGUGGAUUGUACUCUUAGUGAGUUUAGACUUUAUACUAUCUGAGAGUGGACUGCACUCCGCAGCCAUCUAUGUGUAUAUAUAGGUAUUGUGUUACCUACUCAUACCAAAUUGAGAGCACCAUGUUUGCCUAUUUGGUUCCAUUCUUAUACUGUUAAAGUUACUAUACUCUAGUUUUAUUUGGUACACUAAAGUAAAAAUGGUUUACAUGAUGGUUCGUGUGCUAUAAGUGAAUUACCGUGACGAAAGUUAUGCAUGAUUUUGAAAAAUGGACAGUUAAUUUCUAUAAUAGCUGACCAAUGCAGACAUAUUUUGCGUUUGUAUUCUUGAGGAAGGUGCAUUUGGGGAAAUCGUCAACCUUAUGUGAGCAGAAAAUGUUUCGCUGAAAUCUUCACGGUUUAUGCUUUAUGUGGAAUUAAGCCUUUGGACAGCAGUGCCAAGUUUGAACAGGGCUCCGUCCAAGGGAAGGAUAUGAAGUGUUUGAAGUUUCACUUCUCGAUGCCAUUUUACAUUUGCCCGAAAUCAACCGGGUCUUAGCAACACUAUCAAAGUGCUCUGUGCUAAAAACAUCGGCAAUAAUCAAUCUGCAGGCAGUGGAGUGACUGGAGAUGAUUGCUAAUUAAUCUUAAUCCCAUUUUGGUGCCUCUCAGUACGCAAUACUAUUGCAACAACUGAACUUUUCAACUUCACUGUUGGCAGUUUAAGUGUCUUUUUAGCAUCUAAAGUUAUUUUAUCUAAAGAAGUUCCUUUUAAAUAAAAUUCUUACAAGUUUUCAUUUAGUGAAGCUCAAUACUGCAUUUACAUCGGGUUACUUUGAAAAACAAUACUAUCAGAGAAGCAUGUAAAUACGCUCUUUGCGGCACCUUCGUCGUGUUUAAUGUAAAGUGAUAAAUCAAUUUUUAAGAAAAUUUUACUGAUAUUUUGUAACCAGGAAGAAAUAUAUCAGGAAUAAAUUUUAAUGGU